AUGCCCGGGGUACCCUCCAACAAGGCUUGCGAGCGCUGUAAAAAGAGACAUCUUAAGUGUGACGAAACACGGCCGCACUGCCAGCGCUGUGCAGAUGCCGGGGUCGAAUGCCCGGGAUUUGUGCAAACAAGAAAAUUCAUCGACCAAGGCGCCUCAGUAAGGCGGCGGUAUGCUCCUUACCAGGAAGCUGGCUCCAAGAACACCACUGCAAAACCUUCACGGGUCGCAAAUAAUCCACAACCAGAGUCGCUUCACAAUGAAGCUACCAGCACCGGGUUGGAACCCCAGGGCCAAUCUAACCCUCCAGUGCCUCCAGCGCCUCUAGUGUACGACCGGGAACACCGACCGGCAAUUCGUUCAGAAACUUCGGUUCUGGACAGUGCUCCCUUGGCUGAGGCAAGCCAGCCGCCUGCUACUACCAUGUCGGUCAAUCGUACAGGAGGCGACGCGGUAUUGGGGCCAAUGCGAUGGCAAGGCUCUGAUGCCCGCGCUCAGCAGCCUUCCUGGGCUCUAGGCAAUGCCGGCGCUGGCGCUGGCACUGGCACGUUUCAUGAGCGCUCGAGACAGUCCUCGCCCCAUGUUAAUCCGUCUAGCUCAAGGACUCCGUCCCAGCGCGGCGAGCAAGAGGAAUUUCAGGACAUAUUCUCGGAGCUCAUGACCGGGACAGAGCAUGAGAUAUGCUUCUUGACAAGGCAUUACUGCGAAGUGAUUGCUGCGUGGUUCGAUGUUUCAGAUUCCGGAAAAUUCUUCGGCGGCUGCGUGCCAAUCCGAGCUAUAGACGACCAGUCACUGCGCUGCGCUAUUGCAUCCAUUUCUGCAAAGCAUUUAGCCAGGAUGAAAGGUGUCAAAUCGACAGCGGGCGGCGGUUUAUUUACGUCACCGGCUACCAUGGAGUCUUAUCCAAACUCUCCACAUGUCGACUGGUCCUUGAAAGCCGCCAAUUACUACUAUCUUGCUGUCUCCCAUAUGAGCAAUUCCUUGUCAGACUACGCGGCCGUGUCCACGUCAGAUGUUCUCGAACCACCGAUCUCCGUCGUUAACCGCUGGCUCAAUUUCCAAUUAAAGCAAAGCGAACAAACCUCACACACCAGUGAUGUAGCCUGGAAAACAGCCGAAAACUUGCUAGCAGCUUCUACAAUUCUUACCCUUUACAAGAUAUUUGAUGAGCCCGGGGAAAACUGGCAAUCGUACCUUACUGGAGUGAAACCUUUAUUCAGCAAGUUGCUGGAACUACUCAAGAAGGAUGGCGGUAACCAGUUCUUCCCAGGCCUCACGGCGGUGUUCUGGAAUUUUGCAAGGAUGGAUUAUCUAGCCUCGUACUAUAACCGCUUGCCAACCCACCUUGAUCCGGAUGACCUGGCACUAUGGCGAGCAGCGGGCCUUUCACUUGAUGACCAAGGAAAUCUAGAGUCAUCAGAGGUCUCCAGAAGCCAUUGGUCGCAAGAAGACGUCGCGACGAACGUGCUGACACGCCUCCUUAACAAGCUCACAAAUUAUCUCGCAGCGGCGAAAAAGUCCCAACUUGAACAAUGGGUUGGAGGCCAAUCCCCACAAUCCAUCAACUCGACCAGAUCCAGUUCUGACUCCCCUGACUCCCAUCCCACAACUGCCUCAUGGCUCAAAAUCUCAUUUGAGUUUCAAUCCUGGGUGGAGCGCAUUCCGGAAACAUUUCGUCCCUGUUUGCGCAUUGAACGACCAAAGCUUGCCCCAACCGAACCCAGUCACAUGCCGUUCCCAGAAAUAUUUUACAGCCUCACUUCCUGCGCCGUAGCAAUGCAGCAGUACCAUUUUGGCCGCCUCGCAUUAUCGCUCAACCGGCCAUCCGACGACAUUGCAGGUCCCAGCACCGCGUUUGACCGCCUCCAAGCCUACCGCGAGCUAACGAAAGAGGUUGACUACCGCUGCAAGGAAAUAUGCGGCAUUGCCCUCGGCAGGCCACAGAUCGGUGCUCGUGUACAAAUGAUCACUCUGCUCUAUGCUGUUGGGCAGUGUUUGGAGAAACCGGAAGACCGGCAGAUAGUCAUCGAUCUUUUGCGCGGUAUCGAGGCGGAUUUGGGGUGGUCGACCGCCACGCAGUUAGAGUACUGUUCUACUUCAGGAUAUUUCUAUGGUUUUAUUUAG